AACAUUUCCAAAAUAAAAAGAGUCACGUAAAACAAGAGCAAAAAUAAAAAAUAAAAUCCUAAAAUAAAUCGUGCCCCUCAACUAUAACUGCGCACCUAAUAUGCUUCCGACCUUUCAGCCAUCAUCACCCCCCUCAACUCUUUUUAAGUCUUAACCACUCUCACUUUGACCUUCAACCUUUUCCUCUAUUUAUUCUCAAACGAAGAAAACUUCCACAUUCAUCAUUCUCCUUUUUUAUCACUUACUUCAAUGGCGAUCAACUACAGCUUCUUUUUCCUCUUGUCAUCCUUCUUGUUAUUAGGUGUUUCAACAAAGAGAACAUCAGGCACUAUAUUCACUCUCCUCAACAACUGCCCAUACACCGUCUGGCCCGGCACGUUGUCAGGAAAUGGGCCCACACUCGCUGGUGAGGGAAACUACAUACUGUCCCCAGGAACAUCAAUGCAACUCAAUCCUCCAGUAGGCUGGUCGGGCCGAUUCUGGGCCCGAACAGGCUGCAAUUUCGACACCAACGGUGCAGGAACAUGCUCCACUGGCGACUGCGGUGGGCUACAAUGCACCGGUGGCGGUGUCCCACCCGUGUCGCUGGUGGAGUUCACCCUUAAUGGUGCAGGUGGACAAGACUUCUACGACGUAAGCCUAGUAGAUGGAUACAAUGUUGGUAUUGGUGUCAAGCCAACAGGUGAUGGUGCAUCAGGUAACUGCCAGUACGCUGGGUGUGUGAAUGACCUCAAUGCAUCGUGUCCGCCUGAGCUACAAGUCAGGGACUCGAACGGGAGCGUGGUGGCUUGUAAGAGCGCGUGUGCGGCUUUUAAUAGUCCGGAGUAUUGUUGUACAGGUGAUCAUGGGAGUCCACAAACGUGCUCGCCUACGCAGUACUCGGAGAUGUUUAAGAAUGCGUGUCCAACAGCUUACAGUUAUGCUUACGAUGAUGCGUCUAGCACUUGCACUUGUACUGGGUCUGACUAUAUCAUCACUUUCUGCUCAUCAGGCGUGUGAUUCGUCACAAGUUAUCUGUCCCAAAUCAUUUUUUUUGCUAUAGAGCUUUUUAAAAUUAAUGUAGUAGGAAGCAACAAAUUGAUUAGAUGAACCAAGUAAUUUUAAUUCUUUCUUUUUAUUAGUUCUUAAAGUACUAGUGGGUUGAUACUUGAUAGUGAUUAU